AAAGCUUUCCAACUCUAUUCAAGGCGGGAAAUGUAUAUUUCAUAUUUGACAGUUUUUGUAAACUUAACCUUUUUUUAAGUUGAAUUUUCAGAUUUGAGUUAAAUGUUUACUUGUAAGUUAAAAAAUGGAUGAAGAUAAUUGUGAUGGACCAUUUACGGUUUGGCAAAUGUUUAACGCGCCGACUAUGGUGCUAUUUAAUAAUCUUGAAAAUGCUGCUGAAGGUCUUGAAAGAUUGUUAACAUCAAUAUCGAAACUAUCUGGAGAUUUUUCAGAGGUGUUAAUACCCAGAGUUGGUUCUACAAAAUGCCCUGAUAAUUACUAUUGUGCAUUUAAUACUUGGCUAUUGGGACGGUUGUUUUAUGUAUGUUCUGUUAAAGAAUUAAACAUGAUUCAUGGAUCAAGUAAAGAUGCUCAAGUUAAAAUUUUGAACAUACUUUGUGUAAAUGGAGCUAGUUUUUAUGAAAAGCUAAUUUUGCAGUAUCACUCAAUUCUAUUUGCCUUAGUGAAAUAUUAUAAAGAAAACUCAGAUAGUGUCACACCUGGAGAAAUACAAUUAGAUAAUUUUAAACCUGAACAGAUUGAUGUACCUAAUGUACAAUUAAACUUGGAGCCUAUUUAUGUUCAAGUUAAAAAUAUUAGUACCUGCACAUUACUGAUAGAUAUUGUUUUACAAUUAUUGUCAGAAUGCAUACCUCCAUAUUUACUUAAUAUUGAUAAAUUUUUCACACACCUACAAAAGCUUCACAGUAAUGUUUUAUUUAUUAUAGAACAUUAUAGCAUAGAAGUUAAAUUAUUAGCAUUAAAUUUUUUUGCCAAUUUAAUAGAGAAUACUAACAAUUCAUCAGGAAUCCAUUUUCAAAGUAGUUUUCCUCAAACAUAUAGAAGGUUAUUAUGUUGUAUAGAAUGCAUGGUGCAAAAUACAGAUGUACUUUUUGAAAAAAGUAAUAUUGCAUCAGAGCAACUUACAAAUUUUAACAAUGUAGUAACAAAAUUAUUAAAAAUGUGUGACAAGUCAUUUAAUACUGGCCACAAAGAUGUUCUGUCAACAAUUGCUAUUACUGUUUUGAAAAAAACAUCAAAUCCUGUUUUUAAUAAAGAACUCAAGUUGUAUUGUCUAUCACUAAGCAAUACAAUAAACUUUCCUAAAGAUGUAUUGGAGCUUGAGAAGAGAGAUUCUAAUGAAAUAGAUAUGUUAGCAGAAUGCUACUACAAGCACAUAUUUGAAUAUAUUAAGAAAGAGAAAUGUCAAAUUAAUGAAUUAAAAGAGCUCUGGUUCUUCAAACAAGUUGUGAAUGUUAUUUAUCAGAGUUUAGAAUUUAGUAAUGAUGCAAAAGACACUACUACUUUGUCAUUCAAUUUAAUGAGACAUUUAUCUGCGUUAAGGAUACUGCAAAAAGUUUUUAUUAACUAUAAGAAAAAUAGCAAAGAAGAUUCUAAUGCAGUAUUAGAGCAAACAAAUUUAAAUAAGACUUUUGAAAUGCUAUCAAAGUUAAUCAAAACACACGAUUAUAUUCUUCUUCAAGAUUAUAUUUGUAUGGAAAUAUUUCUUAAUAUUGUAUUGACUACAACAUCGAUUAUUAAACAUAUUAAUGGAAAUGUUAAGAUGGAAUCAUUUCUGAAAAGUAAAAUAAUGUUAAUAUUAUGUCUACAAGAAUCGUCGCAAAAUGUGCAUAAAAUUCUUAAUUACAAUGAAUGUACAAAAGUACUUAUUCUGAAAUAUAUACUAUUAACAAGAUUAAUCUUAAAUACUAAAGAAAAUGAUAUGGAGAGAGUGAUACUAAAUUUAGUUGAUAAUAUUAUAAAAAAUAAAAACUCUACAACAUAUAAAGAGGUCAUCGCGAUAUGUCCUCUACUAAUUUUAUGUAAAAUAUCAUUCGCCAGUAAGUUAAUAGGCGAAGUAUUAUUGCCGGCAUUCCUCACAAAAGAUCCAGAUAUUCAAGAUCAACUAACAAAGAUAGUUCCAGCUAUCGCCUGUAUUUCAUUGGGAACUUAUGCUAUUGUUCUCGGAUAUUCUAUGAUUGAAGGUCAUACUAUAUUUUAUAACAAAACAUUAAAUAUAACAAUAAUUUGCUAUAAUUGUCACAAUAGACAAAAUUUACAACAGAACACUUUUUUAAACAAUAUUAAGAGAGACUAUGUGGUUUUAUACAAAGAAAGUGUACAAAUAACUCCAUCAGUACAAUCAACUUUCAAUGGUUUACGCAAUUUGCUUUGUAAAUUUUUGAAUUACAAGCAAUACGCAAGUGUAGAAAAUAGUCAAUAUUGGAAUUUGCUGGAACGAUUAUGUAAUCAUUUUUAUGUCUUCAACUAUGGUUUAUCUACUGAAAUUAUUAAGGAAGAAAACCUAAAGUAUAUUUUCAAAGCUAUUAAACCACUUAUUCCACAUAAAACGACCAAUACUACGGAGGUAUCGACACAAAAUGAAAAUGUUUUUCCUCUAUGUGUUAAUUUACUAGUAAAAUUAACGCAAACUAGUUUAGAAAGCAACAAUUACAAUAAACAAAUAGCAACAUUAGAUGCUAUAAAAGAAUUUGGUCUUUAUUGUAAUGAUAUAUCAAUGUUGCCUGUUACAAAACUUUUUAUAUAUUACAUAAUGCACCCACAAUGUGCUGUUGCACCUAAAGCUGAGGUUUAUUUAAGGGAAUUUUGUGAAUUCCAUAAUUACACACCAAAUCAAGUAUAUCAUAGAUAUAAAAAAGAUUAUUGCAGACUGUUUGUUGAAUGCAGUUUAUAUUGUGGAAAAGAUUUCGCAAUAUCUUUACUGAAAGUCGUCAGAGCAUUUGGUUUUGUUGGAUAUAGGGAUUUCAUUUCGAAAGAUAUUCAUCAUUUUCUACCGUAUUUGAUACCAUAUUCUGUCACAAUUCCCGAAGUACCGUCGAUGAUUGAAGAAAUUGCAUCUUUAGUUCAAUGUUCGGUAUCAGAUUUUAUAAUUGAAAGAUUUCCACUUAUUUACGUGCACGUUUAUUUAAACGAGAAUAAUACCGUUGCCGAUAAAUGUUAUUCAAUUCUUGAGAAAUUGACGAAAUGUUCUAUUUUGAGCCUUAUUAAGAAGCAUUUUAGAGUGAUUUUAACAGAGUUUUUACUUCAGUACUGUUGUAAUCCGGAGAAAGUACUAAAUGCUUGUAGAUAUUUAGCUUGUCACGACCCUGAUACGACUUCACCUGGUAAUAUUAAACUGAGUACUACGCAAAUAGCGGAUUUUUUGAAUCCUAAAUUCUUAGGAGUUCUUGCAUACUUUGAUCAUAAACUAGUGAACGCUAAAGUUGCUUUAUCAGUGAAGAGAAAAGCAUUAAAAAGCUUUCCAGAUAUGAUGCAAUUAAUGGGUGUGAAGUAUAUAACUCCUUUAAGGUUCAAAGUCCUCGCGACUUUGAGGUCAGCUUUACCUCUUGUUAAAGAAUUUCCUAAAAUAUUAGCAGACGCAUGGUCCGCUUUCAUUCAUAAUCUCGAUAGCAUAUCGCUUGGACCUCUAUUAUCAAAUCUUGCUGUGUCAUUGUUACAACAAUUUGAAUACGCUCCACAAGAAAUCAAUAAAAUAUUUCAGUAUCUCGUUUUAAAGAAUGAAAAUUUACUAAGCGCUCAUUUAUCUGAUCUUUUCUUUCUUGGAGAUUCGAAUAUUUCAGAAAAGGUGAAAACUGUUAUUAAAAGACAUGUAACAAGAACUCAACCAGAAGGGUUUUUGGAUAAAAUAAAAUGGUAUUUGGAGCAUUUGAAUAAUGAAAUACCAAGGAUAAAAGCUUAUGCGAUUUCACAUUUAGAUGUAUUACUUAAGAACAAUAGAAGUGAAAUACAUAAAGCUAUUUUUGGCGGGAAGAAUAUCGAUCCUAUUAUAGUAGAGCUAAUAGAUUGUUUAUUACUAGGUUGCAAAGACCCUGAUAACAAAGUAAGUGAAGCGAGUGGGUCUUGUUUAGGACAGUUGGGCGCCAUCGAAGCAGGCCAUUUACCUCGUCAGUACGUGCAGCCUGACAGAUCGCCCUUCGCCUUCACAAUAGUCGAUAACUGUUUCGCGGCUACAGCUCUUGUAGAACUUUCUAGAGCUUUUCAAUAUGAAAAGGAUACAAUGAAUAUGGACUGUUAUGCUUUAACUAUACAAGAAAUACUAAAAACUUACGAAAUAUCACCAACGGGGAGUAAGAAGGAAGUGUGGGAUAGUUUCCCGGAGAAUAUGCAUCAGAUUAUGUACCCUUUACUCAGUUCUAGAUAUACUUUGGCGUACCCAUCACAGCCAAAGAAAGUACAUCCACUUUUCGGUUCGGUUUAUGCAACAACAUUCCUAGAAUGGGCACACAAUUGGACGGGUCAAUUGAUAUCUAUAAUAGAAUCUGAAAGCAUACGAGAUUUACUGCGUACAGUACACCCAAGCAUGCGUCGCGAUCUCCGCACUUUGUUACUGUUCUUCCCUUAUAGCAGAUGCAGUAAAACAAUAUACUCGUUGUUUGAUUUCCUGAACCGAUGGCUUUUGGAAUGGUGUCAUGUGAAGCAACGACCCACUGAGAAUGAAAAUUACAAAGCGAUCCAAUCGUUCAUGGACAACUUCGACAAACUGACUAUAGCUCGUGGUAGCUUCGCGUGCGGUGAACUGGAGCGCGCACUCCAGUAUCUAGAAUUAUACAUGGAUGAGAGGAAAGAAAGGGUACAGGAACAAUUACCUUUGUUGGCCGAGAUAUAUGCAUUGUUAGAUGAACCCGAUUCUGUUGCAGGUAUUUUAUCAAUAAAAAGAUCGGAGCCAUCUUUGAAAGAGUUAAUCCUCGCUCAAGUGGUGACUGGCAGACUGCAGGACGCCGCGCUAUGCUACGAGAGACUGGCCCAGGAGGGACAGCUUGACAGGAAUAGCAUGCAAGGUAUGAUAGAUUGCUACUUGAGCCUGGACCAGCCGUUCACCGCGCACCGGCUGCUGAGUGAGCGUGACUCUGAUGAUAUGACGGAGCUGGCUGCGGAGCCCCUGUGGCGGCUCGGACGCUUCGAAGAACUAGAUCGACUCACUCAGAAACCUGUUCCUCCAUCUCGAGAAAAUUGGGGUCUACUAAUGGGUCGAGUGCUACUAGCGUAUCGUAAACAGGAUCACGAUACCUUCGUAGUAUCCUGCAAGGACGCUACCAGCAAGUUACUAUCACAAAUGGACGGGAAGAGCAGAGGGGAAAGUGCUUUACGUAGCGGUUACCAAAGUGUACUAGGCUUGCAUAUCGUUAAAGAAGCGGAACACGCCGAAGAAGUUCUUUGUAGAUUAAAGAACUUAACGGAUGGUGAUAAUGAAGGUGAGGCGAUACUAAGUCAGCUGUUAGACGAAUGGCGGCGGCGUCUGGCUGUGGUGCAGUCAGAUGUGCGCACUGUGGAGCCUUUGCUCAGACUCAGGAGGAUAUUGUUGCAACAGACACAGGAGUUAUUGGAACCGACACAUCCAAUGACGGCGAAUCGCUUAAAGGCCAGUAUAGGCGACCUUUGGCUUCAGAGCGCUAAGCACGCUAGGAAAGCGGGCAUAUAUCAACAGUCUUACAUGUAUAUCCUGAAUGCUGAGGAGUAUCAUCCUGAAGAGUUGUUUAUUGAGAAAUCUAAAAUGUACUGGGCGCGCGGGCAACAAGAGCACGCGUUCACCACACUGCGCCGCGGACUGGACGAGACGUAUCCACAGAUUGAUAGGCUCACACAAGAACAGAGGAAAAUUUGUGCAAAGGCAAAACUUUUGAUAGCGAAAUAUAACGACGAGACCACCAAAGUGGAUGUAGAUGUUAAUAUUGGAUAUUACAAGGAGUCAGUCGAAGUGUUCAAGCAAUGGGAGAAGAGUUUGGUGUGUCUAGGUGCUUACUACGAGAAAGUGAGCAGCAAUGAUACAACACCUAACAGUAUGACGUGGUCGCGUCGCAUUCAGGCGCUAAACUCGUACGGCAAGGCGCUGCAGUACGGGCACAAGUACUUGUACCAGAGCAUGCCCAGAAUGCUCUCUAUAUGGUUGGAUAUGGAAGUGACGUCAGCGGACACCGGCAUACACACAGUGUUGGCACAAAUGACGGAAAUCAUCAAGACUUACUCCGAAAGGCUGCCCAUAUAUUUAUACCUGACGGCUUUCUCACAAAUCGUAUCCAGGAUAUGUCAUCCUGUUAGGGAGGUCUACUUACAACUGAAAGCCAUAAUUGUGAAGCUGAUACUGGCGUACCCUCAGCAUACAUUAUGGAUGAUGAUGUGCGUUAUAAAGUCCAGUUACCCGCAGCGCAUCAAGCGGUGCUCAGAUGUCUUCUCUGACCCUCGCCUCAAGGACACGCAUAUGCUCAAACUGGUGGCAGACUUCAACCAGUUCGCUGAGAAAUUAAUUGAGCUGUGUAAUAAGCCUAUACCUGGAAAUAAUACGAAGCCAACAGUUUCAUCACUGGUUCGUACAUUGCCUCGUCUGCUUGUCAGUGAUAACUUCAGUCGUAUUAUGAUACCAUUCGAGGAGUUCUGUAAGAUAGUCCUGCCGUCCAAGGCGGCGCGACAAGAGAGGAUAGACUUCAAUAUACCCAAGGAGCCGGCAGUGUAUAUCGCGGGAAUUGAAGAAGACAUACAAAUAUUACCGUCAUUGCAAAAACCAAGAAAGGUUACAUUAAAAGGUUCAGAUGGUAAAUCGUACAUAAUACUACUAAAGUCCCGAGACGAUCUCCGUAAAGAUUUCCGUCUGAUGGAGUUCAACGGGGUAGUGAACCGGUUCCUGCAAGACGCGGCGGAGACGCGGCGACGACGGCUUUACAUUCGUACUUACUGUGUGCUGCCACUCAACGAGGAGUGCGGCCUCAUACAGUGGGUGCCAAACCUGCUCGGUCUGAGGCCCAUACUGCUACAUAUAUAUAAACAGAAAGGCAUCCAUACCACCAAUAGGGAGUUGAAAGAAUUAAUGUGCUCCAAAAACGAUCCACUGGAUAAAAUGCGUCGAAUAUUCGAACAACAUCUGCUAAGGAAACAUCCUCCAGUCUUCCAGGAGUGGUUCAGACGUGUCUUCUCUGAUCCAUACGGAUGGUAUCAAGCUAGAUCAGCGUAUAUACGAACAACGGCUGUUAUGUCGAUGGUUGGAUACAUAUUAGGUCUGGGCGAUCGUCAUGGCGAGAACAUUUCAUUCGACUCUACUAACGGCGACACUGUACACGUGGAUUUCAACUGCUUGUUCAACAAGGGCGAGACAUUCGAGUGGCCGGAGCGUGUGCCCUUCCGUCUCACCCACAACAUGGAGGCUGCCAUGGGACCACUCAAGCACGAGGGAAUGUUCAGGAAAUGCUGCGAGGCGGUGAUGCGCGUGCUAUGCGCGCAGACAGCGGCGCUUAUGUCGGUGGUGGGGCCGUUCGUGUACGACCCGCUGGUGUCGUGGGGUCGCGCCCGUCUUGACUGCGCCGAGCGCACAAACUCCGAGGCUGUGCAGCACUUGGCACAUAUACGACAUCGUCUCAAUGGCAUGGUACGGACAAAAAAUAAGAAACUGACCUUGUCAUUAUCUCCUGAAGGUCAAGUGGAACAUCUCAUCGUGGAAGCCACCAGUAUUCAGAAUCUCUGUCAAAUGUACAUCGGAUGGGGACCGUUUUUAUAAAUUUGAUUAUUUAAAUUUAAUAAGUAUAUGAUAAUAGUACAAAUUAAUCUUAUUAAGAAAUUUGUGAUAUUCUUAGCAUUUUAAGGUGUUAAAUUAUUCAAACUUUU